AUUGUGACAGAAGCUAUUGCGCAAGCACAAGCGAGUACCCUUUCUUCACCGUUUUCCUUUUUCAUUGAUUCAUUCCAUUUCGCCGACAACAAAACGAACCCUCACGGCGUGCUUUAAAAUAAAUAAAUCUCUCUCUCUCUCUAUUCCUUUUUUUUUUUCAUUUCACUUUUCACUUUUUUUCGCUUCCAACCAAAUUCAAUCCUUUCUUCUUCUUCUUCGAACAAACCAACCCAAUCGAACUUAACUGAAAAUCAUUCAACUUUCGAAACGAUGCCGGGAUUAACGUGCAACGCUUGCAACAAGGAAUUCAAUGACGAUACAGAGCAAAAGCUUCAUUACAAGUCUGAGUGGCAUCGCUACAACCUCAAACGCAAGGUGGCUGGGGUCCCUGGGGUGACAGAAGCUCUGUUUCUGGCUAGACAAUCUGCUCUUGCUCAAGAGAAAGAUAAGUCUAAUGAAACCCCUAUGCUCUAUAGCUGUGGUCUUUGCGGGAAGGCGUAUAAAAGUUCUAAGGCUCAUGCCGAGCACCUUAAAUCACGUGGUCAUAUUAUGCGAGCAUCCGAAGGAACUAGCCAAUCAGAUGAGAAGGCGAUAGUCAAGCCACUUCCACGCCGUGUGGCAAAUAGGCCUUCCCCGAGAAGAGAGGUAGACAAGUCUGACAAUGAAGAAAGUGAAGAUGAAUGGGAGGAGGUUGAUCCUGAAGAUGAUUUGGUUCAUGAUGCUGCAAAGUCUAUCACUGAUUUGGACAUGAAUGAUCAUGACGGUAAUGCUGAUAUGGACGAAGAUGAUGAUAGUUUUGAGGAGUUGGAUCCAUCAUGUUGCUUUAUGUGUGAUAAAGAGCACAAUACAAUUGAAAGCUGCAUGGUUCACAUGCACAAGCACCAUGGAUUCUUCAUUCCAGAUGUUGAAUAUUUGAAGGAUGCUAAAGGCCUUCUAACUUAUCUUGGGCUUAAGGUCAAAAGGGACUAUAUGUGUCUCUACUGCAACGACCGAUGUUAUCCUUUCAGCAGCUUGGAAGCAGUGAGGAAGCAUAUGGAAGCUAAAAGUCACUGUAAAGUGCAUUAUGGUGAUGGUGAUGACGAGGAAGAAGUGGAGUUAGAAGAAUUCUAUGAUUAUAGCAGCAGUUAUGUGGACGAGCAAGGCAAGCAGCUGGUUGUAUCCGGCGAUGCAGUUAACAAUGUAGAACUUGGCGGUGGUGAGCUCAUAAUCACCAAGAAAACUGAUCGUGGAACAUCAACCACAACUCUUGGUUCCCGGGAAUUUCUGCGUUAUUAUCGUCAGAAACCUCGACCUUCAUCUGCAAAUAGUAUGGCCAUUACUGCUGCAUUGGCUUCAAGGUAUAGAGGCAUGGGCUUGGCUACGGUUCAAUCAAGAGAACAAAUGGUGAGGAUGAAAGUACUGAAGCAAAUGAACAAGUCUGGUGUGGAGAAUAUGCGCACCAAGAUAGGAAUGAAGAACAAUGUUAUAAGGAACUUACCAAAGAAUGUUCCAUAUUAGUCCCCUUUGUUUAUUACCCGCUUCUGUUUGAAAUUUAUGCUAUGUUUUGAAUUAGAAAGUUAUUAAGGAGCCUAUAAUGUUCGUUUUGAAGUAAGUUUACAUAUCUUGACCCCUUCAACAUCCACUAAGUUUUGGGGGAGAUAACCCCGAAGGCAGAUUUUUUGUCAGUUGAUUUUUGUUAUAAUGGAAUGCCAUAUUUUCCAUCA